AGGCAUAUUGCGGAACGGUAGCUGUCUGUGUUGAGGCAGUCACGUGUAAAAUAGUGUUCGUUUAGUCUUAUUUCUUUCGUUCUUGACUGUAGGAGAAGAGGGUCUUGUCUUGUCUGUGCUUUUUCCUCAUCGUCAGGUGUUUGCUUCAUGUUGUGAGCUAUCCUUUCAUUUUAAAUUCACCAUUUCACCGAAGAAUGAGUGAUAACGAUGAUAUCGAAGUCGAUAGUGACGAAGACUCACCGAGAUAUCACAAUGUGGCAGACAAACGAGCACACCACAAUGCACUGGAGCGCAAGCGUAGGGAUCACAUCAAAGACAGCUUUCACAGCCUGCGGGACUCGGUGCCCGCCUUGCAAGGGGAAAAGGUUGGUAGAGAGGUGGCGUCAGUCCUACGCGACGCUCGUCCCUCAACAGGGACCAGUGCAGGUGGAAUCGGCGCGCUGUCUGACCAAUCAAUCAAACAGGCGUCCCGAGCUCAGAUCCUAGACAAAGCCACGGACUAUAUCCAGUACAUGAGGAGGAAAAACCACACCCACCAGCAGGACAUCGACGACCUGAAGAGGCAGAACGCACUGCUGGAGCAGCAAGUGCGUGCCCUGGAGAAGGUGAAGGGUUCGACCCAGCUCCAGGCCAGCUACAGUUCUUCAGACAGCAGCCUGUACACCAACCCUAAAGGCAGCGCUGUGUCCGCUUUCGACGGAGGCUCUGAUUCCAGCUCCGAGUCCGAGCCAGAGGAACCCCCCGCCCCCAGGAAGAAGCUCCGAGUGGAGGCCAGCUAGAGCGACGGGCCAGCCCACAGCUCCAUGCCUGGCGUGGAGGGGUACUGCAUGCACAGUUACUGGUCCAGUAGUCGGUGCUUGUCCUCUAUUUCUCACUACCACCUCCUCCUUCCCUCCCUCCCUGCAUAUCGCUGAAUGUGCUCUCGCUGGAGAGUGCAGACGCCAUCCGUCCCUGCCGAUCUGUCUAUCCUGCCGUUCUUUCAUCACGCCAUCCCCUGGGGAGGGAGGGAAGCCAGCUGGGAGGAAGAAAAGGAGACUGAUUUUAGAAUAGGACGUGCAAAGCUUCUGUUUUUUUUUUUUCCCCUUGUCGGUUCCUUUCUUCCUUUUCUGUCCUCUCUCUUUCUGACUUCACAGCUUUGGUGUCUCUCAGCAACUAUCCAAAACCCCAACAUGAGGCAGCUUCACUACCUAAAGGACUCGAUGCUUUUGUACCCUCUACUACGUACUCUCUCCUCUCGGCUGAAAACUACGGAGAGAAGAGAGGGAGCCGUACUCCAAGCACUGAGAACACGUAAUACUUUUAUUUUAUUUCAUCAAUUUAUCUUGAUAAGAACCUGUUUUAGAAUUUAUACACACGCUUAGAAGAGUCGUCCUGUCGGUUGGAGAGGCAUACCGUCAAAUCAUUUGUACUUUUUGUGUUUUUGUUUUUUCCCCCACACACAAAAAAAAGUACUUUUGAUGUGAUAAACAAACCUCAGGCCAACAGGAUUGCAGAUCUUUUCCAUUUUGACAAGUUUUAGAAAUUAAAUAUCAUCCCCUUUGUGGAAAAUAAUUGAUGUUAUGAAAAAAGAUUCCAAAACUUGUAUCGUAUUUCGUCCUUUAGCUUUGAACUAGUGAAUGAAUUUAGGUGGCAGAGCAAAAGUUAGGAAUCUUGAUAAUAAAAUAAAAAAUAAAAAAAAAUGGUUAUUGAUUGGAUGUUUUCAAGUUCUCAAAAAAAAAAGUGAUGCAUUUUGUAUUCUCACAAAUCAUUGAAAAAUACCAAUUUGUCGCUUGUAUUUUUCCUUCAAAGUAUGAAAUAGAUAUGGAUUAUCAAUAUGAGGAGAAAAUUAAGUCAAUAUGUUGUGAAUUACACAGUAAAAUCUUAAAUGUCGCUGACUCAACUAAAAAAAGAAGCCUUUUGCAUCUAGGAAAUGUGUGUGUAUAUUCCCCCCCCCCCCCUCCCUCCAUUUAUUUCCCCUCCCACCCCUUUUUUAGGGUAUGGUUAGUGUAUACUAGAUAGAUCUUUGAUUCCAUUCCAUGGAAAUUACAAGUAUGUUGUACAUACUGCCAAGAAUUGUCUUGCAAGUUGAGGCCUACCUUUACUAUGAGACUAUAAAUAAAACUAUUUUAUCCUUUAAAAA